AUGAAUGACUUUUUAAGAAAAACUAACAAGUGUUUAUACUUGUGCACAAAAAAUACAUCGACAAUCAUGGGAUUCAACCGGUACAAAAGUAUUGAUGUGGGAAGCGGUGAAUUUGGCGGAGGCGGUGCAAUUGGAGAAUCAAGUGAAAGUAAACACAAAGCUUCAUCGGAAGAAAAAUUUUUUUAUGAAGAGAAUAAGUUUCGUAUAGAAAAACUUAAACAAAUUAUCGCAUUUCGGAACAAACGGGUAGAUGAACACAUCGAGGAAAUCAUCCAAAGUUUAUCAAAGUCCGACAAAAAAUAA